UUUGCAUUUUGUAUGCUUCCCAUUUCAAUCUUUCGUUAAGUUUUACCAUCGUCAAAAGCAGGAUGAGUCUCUCUAUUAGAGAUCUUGUGAGAAUCCUCUGUGCCGGCGGUAGUUUUGUCUCAGGCGUUCACGAAGCUGGUUUCUACAUCAUCGCCGAAGAUAAGAAUGAACUGAGCGAAUUACGAUGGGUUGGAUCCCAACUGGCUAGUGAGACGCUCAUCGGAUCAGGAGUUCGACACAAGUCCCCGGCUGUUUAUGUUACUCGCGAUAAUAAUCGAUCUGUUUAUUGUGCGGGAGAAAACAAUGCACUGAAAUGUUUCACACUGGGGGAUGAGUGGCGAGAAAUCAAGCUCCGCAAUAACGAAGAGAUUAUUCUUCAUCCUUUGAGCAAACUAAGUGGAAGCGUUCAUGGCAAUGACAGCCUGGUUUUCUUUGAUGAUAAGGCCGGGCAUCUCCAAGGAGUCAGGAUCCAGGAAAGCGGGAAUUGGGAACUUUUGCCCUUUGCUCCUGUGGACUCUGUCCCCGGAAGCCCUCACUUUACCCAGGUUCGGGACAAUACCGUGUUCUUGAGCUAUGUUCACCAAGAUGGCUGUAUUCACCAGCGAGCCAUAGACUUCAUAACAAAAAAUCACACCGAUCUUGUUGUUAAGGGCACCGAAUUUGCGAAUGAUCCGGCGACUAGCUUCAUUCUUGGAAUACCGAAUGAUUCCGAUUUUCAAGUCAUUGCUUUGACUAAGAAAGAGCAACUGGUGAGCAUCGAUGGCGAAGGAAAGGUGACUCCUAUAGGGAGCAUAAAUGAAAAAGGCGUCUACACCCCCUCAACAUCAGAAGAAAGCAACAAGCCAGUCAUCAAAACUGCAUCUGCUGCAGUAAGCCAAGCCACAAGUGGCAAGAAGAAGAGAAGGUGAAAGCAGACUUUUACAUAGUACUUGAGUUACCGGCAUGAAGGGAGAGAAUAGUAAACGUUGGAUGGAACGGCACUCUCAAGCGACCUCUACUUUGCCGUGUGAUGAAAUGCC